AUGCCUGACACCACCGGCGGCAUCCCCUGGAAUCAGGAUGCAGAGUCCCUCUUCCGCUCAAAGCCCAUCUCUGAGGUCCGGACUGUGGAGGCUGCCACCCGGAAGCAAAUUCAGGCCAAGAGUGAGGAGCUCCGGCAGAUGGUCGGAAACCGCUACCGUGACCUCAUCGAGUCUGCCGACUCAAUUGUCGCCAUGAAGUCGUCGUGCGAGUCCAUCUCUGCCAACAUUUCUGCCAUCCAUAGCGCCAUCCUCCACUCGCUCUCCUCCCCCGACGCUAUCCCACGGUCCCCCAGUGCACCCGCUGGGACCCACGCCUACGGGAUGGCAUGCCGGGUCAAGUACCUCGUUGACACGCCGGAGAACAUCUGGGGCUGCCUUGAUGAGUCCAUGUUCCUCGAAUCCUCCGCGCGUUACAUCCGGGCUAAGCUUGUGCACUCCAACCUGCUUGGAUCCAUGGACAGCAAGAAAGUGCUCUCUAAUUUCCCUCUGCUUCAGCACCAGUGGCAGAUAGUCGAGGGCUUCAAGGCUCAGAUCUCGCAGAGGAGCCGCGAGCGGCUUCUGGACCAGACGAUUGAUCACGGAAUAAGUGCUUAUGCGGAUGCCUUGGCUGCUGUGGCCAUCACGGACGAGCUCGAGCCAAAGCAGGUCUUGACUCUGUUUUUAGACUCGAGAAAAUCGAUCAUUUGGCAGAAGCUGAGUGCGUGCGACCGUGAUGAGGGUGCAGCUAGUUCUGGAGUGAUCUCUGCCUUGUGUGAUGUUCUGAAGGUAAUUCAGAUCACAGUAUGUCAGGUGGGGGAAUUGUUUCUGCAGGUGUUGAACGACAUGCCUUUGUUUUAUAAGACCAUCCUGGAUACCCCUCCAGCUUCCCAGUUGUUUGGGGGCAUACCCAACCCAGAUGAUGAGGAGAAGCUUUGGAAUAUGUUCAAGGACAAGCUGGAGUCCAACAUGGUGCUGCUGGGCCGGGAUUUUAUUUCCGUGACUUGUUCCGACUGGCUUAGGAACUGCGGUAAGGAGAUCACGAGCAAGAUCGGUAGCAGGCACUUGAUUGACGUGGUCAGGAGUGGCUCCGAACUUUCUCUGGCCGAGAAAUUGAUAAGGGAAACCAUGGACAGCAAACAGGUCUUGGAAGGUAGCUUGGAGUGGUUGAAGAGUGUUUUUGGUUCCGAGAUUGAGCUGCCAUGGAAAAGGACUCGUGAGCUUGUCUUGGGAGAGGACUCAGAUAUAUGGGACGAUAUCUUUGAGGAUGCUUUUUCUCAGAGGAUGAGAGGGAUUAUAGAUGCGGAAUUUGAGGAGUUAGAUAGAGUUGUUGAUGUGGCAGAGUCAGUUCGAUCAAUAUCUAAACCUCCUGGUGAUCAUGUUGUUUCUGAAGACUACCUGAAUAGAUUUCAAUGUACUGGUGGGGUUUGGUUCAUGAAUCCCAAUGGCAAAACGCCAAGUUCUAUUCCUGGCACGAAAUUGCCUCCGUCUCAAGAAAGUGAUUUUGCAAGCUGUCUCAACACUUAUUUUGGCCCUGAAGUGAGCCGGAUAAAAGAUGCCGUGGAUUGUUGUUCUCAGGAUGUUCUUAAGGAUCUCCUCACUUUCCUGGAGUCUCCAAAUGCGCCAAGUAGGUUGAGGGAUUUGGCGCCAUAUGUGCAAAACAAGUGCUCUGAAAGUCUGUCGGCCAUAUUAAAACAGCUCAAGAGUGAACUUGACCACCUACACAGUGAUCUAGAAAAUGAGAGUAAAGAUGGAAUGUCCUCACUUUCGUCUGCUAUACUCGUUGAGCGAUCAUUAUUUAUUGGGAGACUUCUGUUUGCUUUUCAGAAGCACGCCAAACAUAUACCAGUGCUACUUGGUUCGCCUAGGUCAUGGGUGAGUGAAGUUUCUGUUGCUACUCUAUCCCCGAUUGACUCGAAAAAUAUUAUGGUGGUCAGUGACCCGAAAAUGAUUGGGAGCACGAAACAGGCUUCACUAGUAACGGGUGCACUAUUCGGAGCGGAAGACAGGUUAAGCCCACAUCUUGAAGAACUAAAGCAAACAACCCAAGAUCUUUGCAUCAGAGCUUACAAUCUGUGGAUAUCAUGGGUUUCUAGUGAACUUUCAAAUAUUUUUUCAAGAAAUCUGAAACAAGAUGAUGCCUUGUCAUCAACUGUUCCAGUCAGAGGUUGGGAAGAAACUGUAGUCAAGCCGCAAGAACAGUCGAGUGACGUCCAGUCAGAGAUGAAGAUAUCUCUUCCUUCGAUGCCUUCUCUAUACGUGACUUCAUUUUUGUUUUUUGCAUGUGAAGAGAUUCACCGCGUUGGUGGGCAUGUACUUGAUAAAGCAAUUCUGCAGAACUUUGCUACCAAGCUUUUCGAUAAGGUUCAUGGGAUUUAUGAUGACUUCCUGUCAGCCGAAGUUCUUAGGUCACAAGUGUCAGAUAAAGGUGUUUUACAAGUGUUAUUUGAUUUAAAGUUUGCUUCUGAUAUCCUGCCUGGGGGCGAUUUCCAUGCAAAUAAGGAGGCAUCUGAAAUCACAAGCGUGAAAUCUCCUUAUAGGAGGAAGCAGAAAACAGAGUCAAAAAAUUCAUUAAUAGGACAACGCACUAAGGAGUUAGUGAAUCUCCUUUCACAAAGGCUGGAUCCCAUAGAUUGGCUGACGUAUGAGCCAUAUCUUUGGGAGAACGAGAGACAGGCGUACCUUAGGCAUGGUGUCCUCUUUGGUUUUUUUGUGCAACUUAAUAGAACACAUACAAACUCUGUACAGAAGCUCCCCACUAACUCCGAAUCAAACAUCAUGCGCUGUUCUGUAGUUCCUCGAUUCAAAUACCUUCCCAUCAGUGCUCCAGCAUUGUCCGUGAGGAAUGCAGCCAGAACCUCUAUGUCGACAUCCGUGGAUGAUGCUUACUUGAGGAAUUCAUGGAAAAGUUACAAAAGUGACGAGAUCUCUCGUAGUUCCGAUGUUGACGAUGACUCGAGUUUAGGGGUGGCUGCACCAUUUUUGAAAUCCUUCAUGCAGGUGGGCAGUAGAUUUGGAGAGAGCACAUUACGGUUAGGGUCGAUAUUAACGGAUGGGCAAGUCGGAAGGUUUGGGGACAUAUUGCCGGCUCACGCAGCUGGACUGCUUUCAUCCUUAACUGCCACGAGAUCAGAUUAUUAA